UCCAGCUGUUCUGGAAAAAUAAUAAUAAUAAUAAUAAUAAUAAUAGAGACGCUUUGUGUCGUGUUUUCAAGUGAAGUCGAUAGAUCUCCAUGUACUGACCUGAAAAAUUCUGGAAGUCCUGUUAUUAAGGGAGAAGUGCAAAUCGUAAAAUAAUACGUCGUCGUGAUUCUAUUCAGGUGAAAGAAAAAGACUCAAAAUAAAACUUUUUCUGUGGGUGCAGACAUGUGGCUGCAUAGCGUAAGUGAGGUGGGGGGAGGGCACAGCCCCUGGCCCACCUUUCUCUUCAGACCCCGCCUCUGUCCUUCUCUGUGAGGGGCCUCACCUACUUACAGUGGACGACACAGUUCAUGUAUCCGUGCUCCAUCCCGUCGAUCCCCCCAAACAGCCACCACCUCCUUGACGUGGCAUGGGACCAGGGAUGCACGCACCAGCCUCAAGGACAGACCUUGUGAGAUAGCCGUGCCGGCCUUGGAAGCGGUGUUGUGUCCAGGAAAGGUGGUUCAUCGUCUUCCUUUUACACCAUCAAACCAACUUGUAAUAAUCCUAAAUUGUCUCACCCUUGGCUUAUUCUUUCCCCAAAGAGGGGGAGUAAAUCGAACCAGAAGGAAAAUCCAAGGCAGAGGUCGGUUGUAUCACCGCCGAAGCUCCUCAAAGUCUGCCAGUCGGGAAGCAGAACCCGGAGUUCAAAUUCCACCACCGCCACUCAGCAUCUAUGGACCUUGGGCAAUUUAUUGACCUCACCGGCCCUCAGUUUCCCCAUCUGUAAAGUGGAGACAUUGCAUACGUGUGCCUCUUAGGGUGAUCGGGAGGUAGCUGUCAGUGGGGAGCUGGUGAAAUUCAGCAGAAGUCAGGGAAGGAAAGUGGGUCUUCAAAGAAGCAAAGGCCAUGGUCAAAGACAAAAGGGAUAGAAGGUGAAUGGGAAGUUUUUAAACGGGGAGUUCUUGCCAACAGUAAGAUGACGAAGCAUUUACAGUGUUUCUCACAUAGUGAGUCCUGAGGAGCCUAGCAAAGAGAGAGACGGAAAAGACCAAGAAUACGGCUGCUUGCUCGGAAGGGAGUUGUCCGUGGAUGGUCUGGAACCAUUUCCAGAUAGUGUCAUGGAAACCAUACAUGGUCCCACCAUCCGGCCACAACGGUUAGUGAAGAUAUCACGUGACUUGGCUUUGGGCGAGAAGUAUCUUCAUUAUCUCAUAUUGGUAAGAAAGGCGAUCAGAGAGUUACAGAUGUCUUCAAUGAAUAAAAAAAAAGAAAAUUGCAAAUAAAUAGAUCAUUCCCAACCCUGUUUGACAAACCAACACCUUCAAGACAUGGGGGUCGGCGGACAUGAGGGGAAAGUAAUAGGAAGGGUCUCGGUGGUAAAGAAGUGGUGUGCCCCUGACUGGUGUGGAUAAAUCAUCCCCCUGCACCCUACCUCUGAAUCCCCUCCAUGACCACCUCUCACCUCUCGGCCUUGAGAUCGAAGGGCGCUUCGCGUCAGUUUAUGCCAACAAGAGGUUUCGUCAUGACCAACCUUGGAUCAGGAAGCACCCACCUUCCCAGAUUCCGUGACCACCUCCCCGCUCCACAGCAGGUGUUGUUCGUUCCCUCUGCUCUCCCAGACCCGGGACAGGGGUGGCCUCUUUCUUUCCUUCUUCCUUUGAGGCUGUGUCCGUCCAGCCUUCUGUCAAUUCAUUCUACAAAUCUCCAGGGAGCGGCACUUCGUGCAGGGCGCUGUGGAAAGCCCUGGGCAUUGGUUAAGGGAGCCUGGCCCACCACCCGCUCCGACCCUCCACCCUUCCGCAGGAGGGAAGUCCCGGCUCGUACAGAGGUCAGAGUCCUGAGGUUCUGGUCCGGGGGGUGGAUUUCCUCCCGAAGAAGGUGGCCGUCGUGUCACGGAGUCCACACUCUUGCUACAGGGGCCCCUGGGGACAGCCCGCUCUUCUACAAGCCCAGCACGACAGCACUAAUUACUCCCGAUCCUGGCAGGAUGGGGACGGGGCCCGGCAGUACAGUGGGAUUAGAGCUGGAGAUUCGCCCGCAGCCAGGGGAGGCGGCCUGGGGAGUGGAGGUGGGACCCCGGCUCUGCCAGCAGCCCAGCAAGCCGAGUGGCCCAGGGUCUUUUCACACUGGGACCUCGGGAUGUCAUCCGGGGAGGUGGUCCUCUCACUCGCAGUGCUUGGCUUUUGUUUCGUGUCAGGUCAAUUUAGGAAGGGUUGCGGGUUGGCCGUCUGCCCCUGGUGCAUUCGAGGGCAGCCUGGCACUUCUGUGGCCAGCCCUGAGUUGGGCUCCAGUGCGGGUUCAAGCCAGGAGUGGCGGAGACCUCAAAGCCAUGCCCUUCUUCCAGAGGAGAGCUGGCCCAGGGUCAGCUGGUCCCAGACCCCAUUGGCCCAUCUGGGGGCUCACUCCCCAUAAGCUGUCCUGCAGAGACACACCCAGAAGGGAAGAAGUGGCCUCGGGUCCCCCACGGGCUGCGAAGGUCAUAACAGAGCCAGGGGAUAGGGCUGUGGAAGGCUGUCAUGGGCCAGGCGGGCCAGCCCUGGGCAGUGGACCAGAUGCCAGCCCGGGAGUGGAGACAGGCAGGGUCCUUGUGUCCCCCAAAUACUCCUGUGCACAGCCACUCGGAAGUGGCUCCCCAGUUUGGCCCUCCCCAUCCGCAAGCACCCUCGGCCCAUACCCCACCUCAGCUUCUCCCCAGUCUGGUGUGCAGGCCCCGAGGCCACCCACUGUGGGUCACCUUGCAGGCACAGCCCCUCGAGGGUGACAGAGAAGAGGGGAAGAAGAUAAAGGCUUGGGGGAGGGUCUGGGGGUCUCCGGAGGUGUGAGGCUGAGCCAUCAGUAUCUCUUUGGCUUCCCACCCCCUGCCUUUCCCAGGCCAAGGACCCCCAGAGCCCAGGGACCAGGCCUGGCCCUCGGCAGAGGCCAUCUGUAGCCCCUGCUCAAGGCUCAACGAUGCCGGCUCAAGGGGUCUAGCAGGACACAUUCCAUCACUCCACGAGUCACUGAAUCCGAAUCAGGGUUCAGGGCCCAGGAAUUCACAUUCUUUAAAAAAAAAAAAUUUUUUUUUAAUGUUUAUUUACUUUUGAGAGAGAAAGAGAGAAAGCGUGAGCAGGGGUGGGACAGAGAGAGGGAGACAGAAUCCGAAACAGGCUCCAGGCUCCGAGCCAUCAGCACAGAGCCCGACGCGGGGCUCGAACUCAUGAACGGUGAGAUCAUCACCUGAGCUGAAGUUGGACGCUUAACCGACUGAGCCACCCAGGCACCCCGAGGAGUCUGCAUUCUUUACAAGAGCUUCCUCUGGCAGGUGGCUGAGGGCCUGGGGCUCGCUCGGCCUGGGCUUCCUGGCCCCCAUCAACUACCUGCUCAUCUCUCAGAACCCAACUCCCACAUCUGGUUUGGGUUUGCUCUGUACGGGAUCCCUUGGUUUUGCCCCAACCCAUUGUUCUCUGUUCUCCUCCAGGCUCCUCCACCCUGCCGUGUACCCAGGCCAUCAUCAGCCGUCUCCCCUGCCCUCUGACUUCCUGUUGGGCUCAGGGAAUGGGGGCCCCCAACAGGAGAUGGGGGAGGGGAAGGAGAGGGAGGUCAGGUGUUAAUUCUCCCCACCAGGUCACCUUGACUGACCGUGGCCCCCAACCACGGGUCCCUGCCCCUGUCAAGGCAGCCGCCUCUGAGCCUCACUUUUCUUCUGGGCCCAUCAGUCAUGUUCAUCUGUCAGGCCCGGUACCGGCUCCCGUUGGUGAAGCCCAGGCAGCGCGCUGUGCCCCGAGGUCCCCUCUCUGCUAUUCACUCCUUUGUAAAUAAGCCCUUCUGAUCCCAAAGCGACUAUGCCAUCAGCUUCCUGUGGGGGCCCCACUGUCACAGUGCCUGGGGACUCAUCCCUGCCCGGUGCCCACUUUGCACUGCUAGGGUUUUGCUGGGAUCCUCCUUCAAGGCCAGGAGGGGGGUUACCCUCAGAGGGAGUGAACAGCUCCUUAAAUUCUGCACCCUGGGUCUUACCCUGGCCUUAGCCUUGUUUUCCCUCCCUGUCCUGCCUGCCCAGGGCCCUCCCCCCAGUUCCUGCAGACUGACAGGCUCAUCUAUGUGAUGCCCGGAUCUCUCGAGGCCCCGUCCCGAGCAUCCGUGUCUCCAGCCAUCUGUGGCUGCGUGUUGGUGCCACCAGCUUAAUGGGAUGUGUUCCUUUCCUGAACUUCUUAUCCUGGGGUUUAUGAACUCUCAGGAGACCAGUGAUGCUCUUCUAGAAGUCCACAAACCACUGAAACUCCAAGCAAAAGUUAGUGGAUAUGAGAGUGUGCAUCUUUCUGACUUUCUCGUCAGCUUGAAAUAAGGACCGAAGGAGAGCAAAGAAAUGGCAUCUUUUGGCACAGACAACGGCCGUGACACGUGCUAAGCGCUCCACAGCGAUGAGAUGUUGUGAUCGCAGCAGGUUGGGAGAAGUUAACGUGUGUCUUUCCGUGUCCACGGUGUUUGUGGAACGCCUCUUAGAGCGAGCCCUGAGGCUGGUCCGGCACCGCAGGAGGCUGAUACAGAUCGAUCCCACAGCAGCUCCCGGGAACCGAAGUAGCCGAGGCAUCGACCAGUCCCAAGAAUCCCGGCAGCAAGCAGGCGGCACGUGCCACGUGGGAUCAUUCCAGGCAGUUUACUCACCACGGGUGAACCCUGUUCUGUGUCA